ACAGACGUCCCUAAAAAAAAAAGAGAAGUUCAACACCUUCUAAUAAACGGAUGCAUUUGAAUUCUGCACUCACACAGUCAGUUGAUCAACAGGAGCAAGAAACAAAACAGCACAGCAAAUACAUUUUUGACAGUUCUGAGAAAUCUUCACUCCGAUUUAAACAUCAUGACGGCUACUGAGCAGCAAAUAACCCGACUCCCUGAUGAGAAUGAUGAUGACCCAGCGGCCAUGACUGUUAAGAAGACAGUACCACACAGGAUUACCAGAAGGAUUGUCGUGGUGGGAAAAACUGGAAGUGGGAAAAGCAGCCUAGGCGAAACCAUAUUUGGAGAGCAUGUAUUUGAUAUAAAUCAUAGUGCAAACCCCGGAACAAGUCAAUGUGCAUCAGCAACCAAAGACAUUAAUGAAAGAGCCAUCACGUUGAUUGACACGCCUGGGUUCUUUGACCAUCGCAUCCCUGAAGAGGAACUGAAAGCUGAGAUAGCAAAAUGCAUCACACAGUGUGCUCCUGGCAUUCAUGCUUUUAUCAUUUUACUUAAAGUGGAGAAAUUCACAGAGCAAGAGAAUGAGGUUAUCUCUAAAAUACGAGAAUCUUUUUCUGAGGAGGUUUUCAGACACGCUGUACUAGUCUUCUCCCAUGGUGACCAGCUCCCUGAUGGAAUGAAGAUUGAAGAGUUUGUCAAUCAAAACAAGGGUCUUUGUGAUCUCCUGAAGAAGUGCGGUGGUCGAUGCCACAUCAUCGAUAACAAAUACUGGAAGAACAACGGGCGGGAUGAAUACAGAAGCAACCAGUUCCAGGUGGCAAAGCUGCUCAACAGUAUAGAGCAGAUAGUGCGGGAUAACAAUGGAGGCUACUACACCAACGACACGCUGCAUGGUGUGGAGGAAAAAAUACAAGAACAGGAGAAGAUCAUUAGACAGACGACAGAAAACAUGUCACUGGAAGAGAUCAGAGAGAUAGCACAAGAAUAUGUCGCAAAUAUUCUCAAGAAGGCAGCGGGCAUCACUACAGGGGUGAUGUUGGGAGCGUUGGUAGGCGUGCCUGUAAUGGUUGCGUCACUUUGCUCUGUGUUGAUGGGAAUGGGACCCUCAGCAGCAGGUGUAGCACACUCAGUGGCAGGAGCUGCAGCCGCAAAUAGUGUCGGCUUAGGGGUAGGUAUAGGAGUGGCUGUUUUCGCAGGAGCAGCAGCAGGAGGUUAUGUGGGAUACCGUGAGGCUGUCGAAGCAGACUCCGCCAAGAAGGCGGCAAAAAUGACAGCUAAGGCUGUCCUCAAGAGAGCUGCAAAACCAUUCAAAAGAAUAUUCAUCAGGAAGAAGCAUUACAACCAGUUGUAGUAAAAAAAAAAGUGCUAUUGAGAGUUUUGUGGUGCUAUCUGGAGGUGAUGAUAUUAAUGUGCUGUUGAGAAGAGGAAACACUCUUUGGAUCUUCUGGAAAAAGACGUUAUUGUUGAAUUGUUAAAAAGCAUCUUUUUUAUUUAUUUGUCUCUUUUUUGUUAUUUAUUCUUCUUAUUUUUGAGACAAGGUGGAAAACAAAUCAUCAUGGAUGAACUGCAAUUCAGACAACAGGAAAAAAAACAUAUAAAAUAGAUAUUUGAUUCUGGGGUGUACUGUCCUUUAUUGAGUUUAACCAGAUGUUAGUCUGUAUCUAGAUCUGCUCUCUCUUCUCCAAGAUACUCAUACAGUCAUAAUGGCACAAAGUCUGGUUUGAAGACAGACUAUAACAGGGCUGGCCAACCCUUGGCUCCCGAGCCGCAUGCGGCUCUUUGCCCGGUUCCAUGCGGCUCUUACGUUCAUAUCGAAGUUUCGCUUCGCUUGAGUUCAAUACGGUAUUUUCAUCCAACGCGCAUGUGCGUUGGAUGAAAAUACCUCAAAGUUUCCCAGUAGGAGCAAGAUCAUUUGAGUAAACAAUUUGUGUCAAGUUCGCUCUCAAAACGGCAGGGAACAAAUGCACAGCAAAACGAAAAACAUGAAGAUGAACACAGGACGUUUUUAACAAAGUGGGAGAGUUUAUAUCUUUUUGUUGAACGUAAUAGCAAGCCAUUCUGCCUUAUGUCAGGCGUCAUUAGCGCAUUUCAAAGCUUCAAACCUUCAGCGCCACUUCAGCUCACUAAGUAGUAAGAAACAUGCGUAGUAAAAGAAAAAAGCUAUUGUAAAUUAUAAUAUUUUUGUUUGUGGACUUUGUCUGUGUGAGACAGUGCACACAGUGUUCAUUGUUGGAAAUGACUGGCCUCUCUUUGUAUUGUAGGAGUCAAUUUCUGUCAUUAUCAUGUUGGUGUGUGACAUUUACAAUAAAUCUGGCUGAGCAAAGGUGUGUGUGUGUGUGUGUGUGUGUGUGUGUGUGUGUGUGAGGAAGGGAUGGGGUGAUGUUCAUGUGUGCCCAUGUGUAUGAUGUGGCUCUUUGCCGUAACACAGUAAAAAAUGUGGCUCUUGGUCUCUGCCUGGUUGGCCACCCCUGGACUAUAAGGUCAAAUACCCUCAUCUACUUUUUACUGAUGACGCUGUGUUGUUACUCUAACCAGUUUUUAUCAGAUCCUGAAAUAAGUUCUAUCAUAUGCAUAGCUGUGUAUAAGUAGUGUUGUGUUUGGUUUAACCUUUUCAGCACUCUAACUAUAAAGUCUAUUCAUAAAUCACCAGAGCUAAUCAAGUAAUCAUUUUAUUUAUUUAUUUAUUUAUUUAAAGAAACUACUCAAUUAACCAAGAUUGUUUUGCUCUGCUUUUUAAAGGGAAUGGUUUACCAGAGUUUACUUCAGCUUUACUACGAAAUACUGUUAAGUCUUGAAUAAAAAAAAGUUGAUUAUAAAGAA